CUGCUACCUAGUGGGCCCGGCCCACCACCACCUCCCUGACCUUGAGAUACUCCAUCCGACUCCGCCGCCGCCGAGGAGACGGUACGAUGGGGGACGGGAUGGGCGCGUACGGUGGCGCUGUGCGUCCCGUGGAGAGCGCGGCGGGGGAGACGAUGCUGCUCUGGGGUCUCGGCCAGCCCACGGCGCACCGCAACAACGCCUUGGUCCGCCAGGCCGCGCACUCCUUCGACCUCGACGCCUGCGGACGCUCCCUCUCCCUGCUGCAGUCCCCCUCCUCCAUGGCAACUCCCGGGGUCACCGGUGCCGUCGUCUGGGACAGCGGAGUCGUCCUCGCCAAGUUCCUCGAGCACGCCGUCGACUCCCAGCAGCUCCUCCUCCGCGCCACCAGAGCGGUCGACCUCGGAUCGGGAUGCGGACUCGUUGGAUGUGUGGCUGCUCUGCUGGGAGCCCAUGUGGUGCUCACCGACCUCCCCGACCGCCUCAAGCUGCUCAGGAAGAACGUCCACCUCAAUGUAGCCGCCGAUGACCCCAACGUUCCGGGAUCCGCUCGGGUCACGGAGCUUGUAUGGGGUGAUGAUCCUCACGCUGAACAACUGCUUCAGCACCCACUGCCCGAUUUCGUACUCGGCUCCGACGUAAUCUACAACGAGGAAGCAGUAGAUGAUCUGCUAGUCACACUCAACCAGCUCUCAGGACAACACACCACAAUACUACUAGCUGGAGAACUCCGCAACGACGCUGUCCUGGAGUGCUUCUUGGAGGCAGCAAUGGAGGACUUCCUUGUUGGCUGCAUCGAGCAAGACCAAUGGCACCCUGAUUUCCGCAGCAAUCGUGUAGCCUUGUUCAUCUUGGUCAAGAAACCACCAGGGAACACAGACUAUAGCGAAGCAAGAUGAAAUCGACAUCUGUGGGGGGAUGCUUUGAAAGAAAGGAGAUGAUUUCCUCCAUCUGUGGUGAAGUGUAGCUUAUCAUCUCUUGGACAUGUUGAAGGGAUCACAAAAUUGGCAUCCAUGACUAAAGAGCAUUGAAAGAACAAUGUUGAUUUUCUUUGCUUGUUUAUGCUAGCUAAAUUGGAAAAAUGCCUUCAAUUGUUGGUUGAUAGGUUAACAUCUGCAAUACGUAUUGUGCUAUUUAAGAAAUCUUGUUUCGGACAACCCUUUCUCACUA